AUGCCACGACAAGUUGAAGUAAUCGAUAAGAGGACUUACGAUCCAAAUGUCUACUAUACAUCAUUAGAUCCUCAGUCAUCGAGUUAUAGAAACAAGAUUACAAAGAACAAUCGAUUAAGCUCAUCGUUAAACACAUCAAGAUCAACCAAGAGAGUAAACUAUUCAUUAGCAGAUUUAGAAACUAAAUUGUAUACCACUAAGCAAGAUGACAAUGAUAAUCAACAAGAUGUUAACGCCAAUGGUGGGAAUCCAACCGUAAUGGACAAAUUCACCCAACAAGAGAUAAUUAAAUCCAAGAGGCGUCAUAUGGAACUGGAUACUGAAAAUCAGUCUGACUUAUCAGAUGUACCAAUGAUGCUGAGUGCCCUAACGGGUAUCAAGAGGGACAAGAUUGAAUCUAACGGUGGUGCUAUCAGGAGUAAAAACAAAUUUGAGAUGCCCAAGAACAUCCACCUUUCCUAUAGAUCUACUAAACCUCCGCCACCCAGAAGGAAAAACACUAACCGUGUGGUAGCGCUCAAGAAAACUCUGUCAUCGAGGAGACCAUUGCAAAACUACUGGGAUACUUUAGAUCAAGUCAACAAGAGUAUCAUCUAUCAUAACGUUACUAACAAGAAAUUUUUCAAAGUCCUACCAUUCAUCACAAUCUGUUCCGUGUGUGGUGGUUACGACAGUAUAUCCAGUUGUGUACAGUGUGGUAGUAAGAUCUGUUCACUUAGAUGUUUUAACCUUCACAACGAGACAAGGUGCUUACACAGAUGA